CACUCUUUUUCUAGUUGGGACCCCAGGAAGCAGCUCUCCUUCUGGCAGGCGGGUCACUGGGAGGUGGCAUUUCUCCAGCAGCUCCCCGGGUGGGAGGAGGAGCCUGGGGCGUCGAGAGGCCUUGCCCCUGACCCUGGGGGUGCCCAGCCGAGGCCUGCUCCAGCGUUCCCAAGUCGGGGGCAGCCAAUCUUUAACAGGACACAUUGAUCAUUAACUGGACGUAGGAAGGAGCCCAAGAGCAGCCGCAUUCCGGGGCAGAGACCAGCUGGGUCGAAAUGCUGAGCCCCCGAGUCUGGUCCUCUGUGUGGCCGCGGCUGAGCAGGGGCCUGACCAGGAAUGUGGGGAGCCGGGCGUCAGGGGAGGGGAGGAAGGUGGACAUUUCAGGUAUCUACCCCCCGGUGACCACCCCCUUCACGGCCACUGCCGAGGUGAAUUAUGGGAAACUGGAGGAGAAUCUGCAUAAAUUGGGUACCUUCCCCUUCAAAGGCUUCGUGGUCCAGGGCUCCAACGGCGAGUUCCCCUUCCUGACCAGCAUCGAGCGCCUGGAGGUGGUGAGCUGCGUGCGCCAGGCCAUGCCCAAGGACAAGCUCCUGCUGGCUGGCUCCGGCUGCGAGUCCACACAAGCCACAGUGGAGAUGACCGUGAGCAUGGCCCAGGUCGGGGCCGACGCGGCCAUGGUGGUAACCCCUUGCUACUACCGCGGCCGCAUGAGCAGUGCUGCCCUCAUUCACCACUACACCAAGGUGGCUGACCUCUCCCCCAUCCCUGUGGUAUUGUACAGCGUCCCUGCCAACACGGGGCUGGACCUGCCUGUGGAUGCAGUGGUCACGCUGUCUCAGCACCCGAACAUCGUGGGCAUCAAGGACAGUGGCGGCGAUGUCACCAGGAUCGGGCUGAUCGUUCAUAAGACCAGGAGGCAGGAUUUCCAGGUGUUGGCUGGGUCUGCUGGCUUCCUGCUGGCCAGUUACGCCUUGGGAGCCGUGGGGGGCGUGUGUGCCCUGGCCAAUGUCCUGGGUGCCCAGGUGUGCCAGCUGGAGCGACUAUGCCUCACAGGCCAAUGGGAAGAUGCCCAGAAGCUGCAGCACCGACUCAUUGAGCCAAACACUGCGGUGACCCGGCGCUUUGGGAUCCCAGGGCUGAAGAAAACCAUGGAUUGGUUCGGCUACUACGGAGGCCCCUGCCGUGCCCCGCUGCUGGAGCUGAGCCCCUCGGACGAGGCGGCGCUGCGCUCGGACUUCACCAGCAACGGCUGGCUCUCAGAGUGAGGGACAGGCCGGCCUGAGACCCUGGGCCUCCAGCCUGGCCUGGGGCCACUUGAAGAGGAGCCUGGGGGCUGGGGCCAGCGGCUCCCUCCCACUCCAUCCUCCAGGUGGCCUCUCCCCAGGCACCGCCCCCCACUCAUGCCAACUCUGUCUCCUGAGCCCCUCACUCUGUGGCCACUUCCUUCUCCGAGGGCCAGGAGCCAGAGGGAAAGGCAGGGUGGCCGGGCAUGUUCUCCCCCAACUCUUCAGCGCUGACCUGAGCGGCCCAAGGCAGUCUGCAGGCGAGGAAAGUGCCUGUGGUCUCUGCAAGGCUUCCCAGCGACAAGCCUCAUUAACAGGGGUUUGUCUCUAGCCCUGGAAACUAACCACGCACCAGCCAGCAGGGUCGGGAGCCAGCCCGAUGGCGACACCUGGGGGCUGCAUGUUACCAUUACAGGGGCCGGCAAACUUUGAGACGCAAGAGCCAAUCCUGUUCCUCACAAAUUUGAAAAUUGUUUAGGAGCCAUACAUAAAUUUUUACAACAAAUGAGAUCGCCAUUAUCAGAAUAAAAGUUUUGUUGUGACUUUCA